AUGGACGCGUUGCAUCCCAUGACCUCCAUGACCUUCGAACAUGCUCAUUGGUUCCAGAUGUCGCAGGCGCCACCAUCGGCUUGCGUUUGGAAUGAUCACCAUGAAACGAUUGAUGAGGGCUUUCCUGCCUCGGCACCAUGGCUCCCACAGGAUCACUUGCACGAUGAGCUCUUGGACAUCGCCAUUUACGCAAAACCGCAAUUACAUUCUAACUUUGACAUUACAACGCCAGUGUUAAUCGGGAACCACACUGCAGAGUCUGUAGUUGAAGCAAAGCGUCUGGGUCUUCAGCAUGGGACUAGCGAUAUGGACGGUCAGGACGUACAAUCGGACAUUAACCGCCCAGGUCCACCAGUCCCACCGCCUCCUCCCUCGGAUUCAAGCUCCUCAAACAUCGAUACCACAGGUAGCGAAGCAUCUGGACAAGUCAGCAUCGACAGAUCUCACAGGAAUAAAUUACACGUGGAACACAAACAUGAGAGUUUACGAGACGCUCGGGAUGACUUGGUCGGACAUCGUUUCAGACUAGGAGCCAAACGAGACGAGCUGAGGGUGGCCCGUGAAGAUGCUGGCAUUCGAGCAGGUGCCGCCUUCAGCAGCGUGCAAAAUUUCCUACGCCAGAAGGAUAUCCAUCUACCUGAUCACAUAGCACAGGAGUUCUCAGAUGCCGGUGCUCUUCGAGAUAAGCUUGGACAAAUGGACGCAGAAUAUGAUGAGAAAGAGCAGGAUUACAAUUUCUUAGAGUGGAACUAUACGAAGACAGAAAGAGCCUUUGUAGAGGACUUUGCAAACACGCUUCAUACCUGGGACCAAACAGAGACUGCAGGCGUCUAUGAAAUUCGCCAGGAACGCGAUCGUGAGCUUCAGGACUUGACUCGGCAUUCUUUUACACAUGCGCUUCCAGAUCUUAUUGACGAUGCAGUAGAGAUGGAUGGAUCUGAGAAUUCUGAUGAGGGAAUAACGUUACACGGACUUUCGCGCAGUCGCAAUACGAGAGAACCCAUGAUUAUGGAAAGACGGGUUGCAGGAUUGCGAAAGGCACAUGAUCCUUUUGGGUAUGUAACAACGGCGGAGGAUAUCAGCACAAUUUCUAAAGCCGGAGGUGACGACUCAGCUGGCCAGAUAUAUCACCGUGUUGAGUCCUGGAUGAUGGAGACCCUAUUGGGGUCUUUUUAUCAUCAAUCACGGCUGCGAGCGGAGCUCGAUGACAACGACAUGGACGAUGUGACAUGGUGGAAGCUUUCUAUGCGGCACUGGACUACGGAAAGGCCCUCUACAUUUGUCUUACAUCCGGGAGAAUCGACUGUAUCAAACGAAGACGCAAUGCUGACGGAGUCUCGACUAGCAACGGAAUCAACCAUGAAUCCUGGCGCUUCUAUAUAUCGUAAAAGUGUGGUGAGAUCGCACGACAUGAACAUGUUUCCUGGGCUUCACUCCAAUGAUGAGACAGAAGACAAUGCUCCUAUCACUAUUGAGCCGAUUGAUAUCGGAGGCUGUGCCAUUGAGGUUGAUACUCCACAAAUUACCGUACAAGAUGUUGAACAGGGUCAGAACUGUCCAGUGAUGGAAUCUGAAGAUGGUCCCGCUUUCAAAAAGCCUUUGGAAACUCCCGGAAAUGAUAAAUUUGGCGAGAGACCUACACCGCAGCAUCUGCGUGAGGCCAUCGUACUCAGUCCCAACAACGAGACACCCACGGUCCCACAUCCAGUAUCGUCCUCCAAAGAGUUUACGAAAGUCAACCAGGAACUACAGAGCUUGUCUGUUCCGCCAAGUUUUGUGUCGCCUGGUUCAAAUGGUACAAGGAAACGUCCACAUUCGCCAAUGAGUAACCCAGAGCGAAGUGAUUCAUUCGAUGAUUCAGGGCGUACAAGACUUGUUGUCGCUACGAGCAAACCCCUCAGUCCUCCUAAUACUCGGUCUCCAUCGCCAGAAAUAUGGAUCAAAUGUCCAUUCUCACCUUUUUUGUGCGAUGCUAUUACACCAUACUGGAUUCGGAUCUUUCAUCUUCCACGAGUGCCAAUUUGUUCUUGUACGGAGUGCGACCAGAGCCGUAAAUCAGCUCCUGUUACAGCCGGUGCUCUGGACCCGCUCUAUUGA